AUGUUAUUUGCAUUUAACCAAUCUGAAUACAAUAUUACUAAAUCUCUUCACUACUUUAAAACUCCUACUCAACCUACCAUUGUCUGCUGUUAUUGCCAAAAAUUCUAUACUCUCUUUACUUUUAGUAAUCUUAACAUUCCAUUUAGACAAAUAACUUCUUUUCCUUCUUCUCAAAAAUUCACAUAUAUGAAUAUUGAUAUUACAUCUAAACAA